AUGCCUUUAAUCAUGGAGGAGACUAUCAAUGUUGAUGAUCUCUUCGGCGAGCCCAGUUCCCUGGAGCUCGGUUUGCCUUCUGCUCCUCAGUCCACCAAAGGUCUAGCACAAUGUCUCGAUGAGAUGCGUCUUUUGGGAUGCAGACAGAAGGUAGCUUGGUCUAGAUUAGGAUGCAUCGCAUACAUAUCUACAGAUGGACUAGAGCUUUGCGUACGCCACCUGCAAUGCAGUCCUACUGAUGGCAAAUGGUUACUGAGCGAUGAGUUUCCCUUGGGUUCUAUCAUCACCGACGCCCACGGUGGUAGCCACCUCAUGCACCUGUCCUGGAAUGAGACUGGGUCAGAACUGGCAGUCGUUGAUUGCUUGGGACGAAUAUCUAUUUAUUCUAUUUCUAUGGCUCUGAAUAGUAUAACUGGCCAGCGACAAGCCAUCUUUGACUCUAGCGAUGAUAGCAACCAAAUAGUCGGCAUGAUGUGGCUUAAUACCAACCGCUCGUAUCAUGCUUUCCAACAAGCAGCCAAGGUGAAUGGCCGAUGGGCCUAUACCCCAUUCCGCAGGCGCCCAAUUGGCCCUUUCAACGUGGCCAACAAAGGUGCCUUGGUUUGUGUAACUCGAGCGGGCCAGAUCCGGCUUUUAUAUCAACAUCCAGAUAGUCGAUGGGCAGAACUACCUGCUGAGUUAAAGAAUACCCUCUAUUCAGACAGAAUCUUGACACAUGCAUCCAUGAUUUCAACGCAAGCUGGAAUUUUGCUUGCCACAUAUUCAGUGUGUCAAAAGAUAUGUCUGUAUCGAAUCCACAUUGCCUGGAAUCCACCGCAAUGGGAUCCAAGUAACCCCAGACAAGUCCCUAUCCCUACUUUCCGCUUUCUCCACUGCAAGAUUGAUAUGCCAUGUAAUAUAUUUAGCGUCAAUGGCCCUGAAGAUCACACAGAUCACUCAUCGCCAUUCCUCAACUCUGUUUACUCUUUGGCCCACCUGCAAAUCAUGCCAGGCCAGAUUGAUAGUCCGGGAGGAUCAACAGCCAGCCCGUGGAUCAUGGCAGUCUUCUCCAAACCCCUCCAUGCCACACCAGAAUACCCUGACCAGCAAGGGCCUCCGAGUGUCAUUGCACGCUGGCAUUUAGACUCAGCGCCGCAGACCUUCCACCCCAAGUUUGAUGAGGUUACCUCAAAUAAGAGCAAUGCACAACCCAAGCCCAAGAUUGAGCUACAUCGGUUAGAUGAUAUUCACUGCGAUAAGUAUAUUAUUUCGGUUGAUGUGGUUGAGCACGGUACUGCAUUAGCUUUUACACAUGAUGACAGUUCGAUCUCCUUUUAUGACAUGCGAACCAUGACCAUUUUCAAUGGCCAAGACGAUACAAGCAUGGUGACAUGUUUGGCUCAAACAGGCUUUCAGUUUCCUUUGGACACACCAGGUCUUUCAAUCGCAUUUUCUCCCAACUCAUGUGCAGCCGUGAUAUUAGAUGCCGAGGGUCAAGCACAGUUGAGGUUUAUGGAACAUUCAUUUGGUUCGGCAGCCGGUCUCUUUGACGAGAGCAAAUUUUCCGCUGCUAUUGCGGCACUAACGCUGGCUUUCAGCCGUGGAAGUGGAGGUGAUGUGAAUACUGAUGAUAUCUUGACAGUAGCCCUGAGACAUCUCUCUUCAGAUGCCCAGGCAUCUUUUCUUAGCGAAGUGUAUCGUGCAUUACCAGUCAAUUGCAACUUUACCACUGAGCAAGACAAGCUCAUGACCCAUCCCUAUAUACCACGGUGCCUGAGCUUACAAGCUGCUCUGGGCUUCAGAGGAGAUCUCAAACGUCGCAUCACCUCAUCCUCUGUGGCUUGGGCUAUUCUUCAGCUUCGUCAUGCUUCGGUGCUAUUUGCCUAUUUCCUCCAGAAUAGCAAACAAGGACAAACCGAGGCCCAUGAUCCAGAAAUUCUACGAAUGAUCUGGGGCAACACUAAAUGGACCCUUGAUUUUUCCCACUAUAUCAUGGCCGAGAUAUUUGAUCUAACAGAACAGUUCGAAAGCACCUUUACAGAUCAAGAAGCAUUCACCAAAAAGUUGAAAACUACAAACUCCCUUGCCCUUCUAGCUCUUCUCUCAAGCAUGCCCAGAGCCUUCCUUCGCUUUAUCUGCCGGGGCCUGCGAGGUGUGCAUGCUAGUUUCACGGCCAUAAACCCAGCAACCCUACCCAAUGAGUCUCGCAUCUUUUACUCCGAGAUCUGCCAAACACUCGACUCCUCCCCAGUACGGAUAGAAGUGUACGAGAAGUUCCUCGCCGGUGUCGACUCCGCCGUGAAACACGCCUACAACAGCGCAGGCUUUGGAGACGCAGAGCGCCCAGGCCCCGAAAAAGAACUUCUGGUCAACGCCCGUAUCCCAGCAGUGCUAGUCCCAGCCGUAGCAAUCCUCAUGCGCCAGAACGUACCAGCCAUCAAAUCAGAGAUCAACCGCAAAGACAUAAUCCUCGGCGACUACAGCUGGCUCGGUUUUGGUGACGAUAAACGCACAGUGAUGUACCGUAAAACCCGGAAAGUGGACGCUCUGAAGAAAAUUCCGCUCCAGCCGCCUUUGCCUGUUGGGAGAAAUGGACGAGUUACAAAGCCCCAGAAAAGACGGCGUUGUGUGCGCUGCUGUGAGGUUUCGGGCGAUACUACCCUCUCUCGCUCGCUGACUUAUUUCAAGAUGGUUGCCAAGCUUACUUUGUUGAGGUCUUGUCCGUGUGGUGGUAUGUGGACUUUGGAAAAUGAUUCUAGGCCGGAUCAGAACGGUGCUUCGCAAGCACGGUCUGUUUUGCCGCGGACUCCGGCUAUGGGUAUUGCUUCGGAGACUUGA